AUGACUUUGACGCCCUCCUCUUCCGCGCGCUCAUCGGCAACUUGGCCGCGCAGCGAGUGCUCUUCCACAACAUGGCCCCUCAGCGAAUGCUCGUCUAAGCUCCAAGAAGAGCAUGCGACUACUCCCGCAUCCACCCCUUCCCCGACACCACCUCCCAGCCGCGAACGCCGACUCAGCCGGCCGACGCUCCCGCCCCCCCUCCCGUCCGAAACGCCGAGCGCGAAAUGGACCCGCGCCGCUGGCUUCUGGCGCUCCUUCGUCGCCAUCUGCGUCCCGCUGCUGCUCUCCGCCCUCGAGGGCAGCGUCACGAACACCGCGCUUCCCACGAUAUCCGACGCGCUGAACCUCGGGACGAAGUUCUCCUGGGUCGCCACCGCGUUCCUGCUCGCCAGCACCAUCUUCCAGCCGCUGUACAGCCAGCUGGGCGACAUGUGGGGCCGCAAAUACCCCAUGAUGGUCGCGGUGGCUGUCUUCGCAGUCGGGAGCGCCAUCUGCGGCGCCGCCAACUCGGGCGCGGUGCUCAUCCUCGGCCGCAUCGUGCAGGGCCUGGGGACCGGCGGCAUCGAUCUCUUCGCCGAGAUGGUGCUCUGCGACAUCGUGCCGCUGCGCAAGCGCGGGCCGUACCUCGCCAUCAAGCACGCCGUCUUCGCCGUCGGGACCACGCUGGGCCCGCUGCUCGGCGGCGUCUUCGCAGAGCACGGCUGGCGCUGGUGCUUCCUGGUCAACAUCCCCGUGUGCGGCAUCGCGCUGGUGAUACUCUGGCUCUGGCUCAACGUCAGCGGCGGCACGAAGGCCCCUAACACGACCCUAAGAGACGAGCUCAAGAAAGUCGACGUCUGCGGCACCACGCUGCUGACCAGCGCCGUCGUGAUGCUGCUCGUAGCCCUCAGCACCGGCGGCGCGCCGCACCCGUGGACCCACGCCGCGAUCCUGACACCCCUCGUCCUGGGCCUGCUCGGCCUGCUCGCAUUCCCCGUCUUCGAGCGCUCGCGCUGGUGCGCGCACCCCAUCAUGCCGCCGCGCAUCUUCGCCAACCGCACGUCCAACAUCGCGUACGCGCUGACCACGCUGCACGGCUUCAUCACCUACGGCUUCCAGUUCUACCUGCCGCCGUUCUUCCAGGCGGUGAAAGGCAGCUCGCCGACGACGUCCGGGCUGCAAGUCCUACCCACGACGCUCGCCAUCGUGGUCAUGGCGAGCAUCGGCGGCCCGCUGCUCACCGUCUGGGGCAAGUACAAACCCCUGCACAUCCUGGGCUUCGGCGCGAUGGCGCUGGGGCUCGGGCUCGCGACGACGCUGGACAGCGCCACGCCCGUCGCCGCGUGGCUGGCCUUCCAGCUCGUCGUCGCCGUCGGCUCCGGCAUCGUCAUCUCGACCAUGCUGCCGGCGGUGCAGGUCAAGCUGCCCGAGGGCUCGACGGCCGCGUCGGCCGGCUCGUGGGCGUUCCUGCGCGGCACGGGGUCGCUGUUCGGCGUCGCGGUGCCGGGCGCGCUGUUCAACGCGCGCUUUGCCGCGCUGCUGCCCGGCAUCUCGAGCGCCGCGGCGCGCAGCCAGCUCGCGCACGGGCAGGCGUACCAGCGCGCGUCGUCGGUGUUCGUGCGCAAGUUCGGCGCCGCGGCGGAGCGCGAGAUCGUCGCUGGCUUUGCGGAGAGCUUGCGCGGCGUGUGGAUUGUGUUUGCGGCAUGUGCGGCCGUCGGGUUUUGCGCCGCGUGGGGCGAGAAGCAGUAUAAGAUGCGGAAGGAGCUGAAUACGGCGUAUGGGCUCAAGGCGCCGAAGAGCGCGAGCGCGGCGACGAGUCCGGGGAGUAGUGUGGCGGGGAGUGGGGCGUGUACGCCGGUCGCGGAGAAGGGGUCGGAGGAUGUGGAGCUGGGCGGUGGUGGUGGUGGUGGGGAGAGGUUGUGAGAUUGCUUGUUAAGUGCUCUUUGCUUUGAUUCUGGGAUGCUAUGGGAGGGGAGAGUGUUGUGUGAUGUAAUCGGCGUUGUGUGGUGCGAAGGUAUGCUGUUUCUGAUACCAAGAUUUUCUCGAAAAGUUUGGUCGUUCAAGAGUCAAUAUGGACGGGACGGAAGAAGGAUAUUCACGGAUC